AUGAUGAAAAGUUAUCAACCAGUUCGAACUAUCAUCUUCAUUCAGAUUUUCCUCUCGCUUUUCCCCAAGCCUCUGCUACAUCCACGACCAGUUUCUUUUUCAAAAAAGCGAAAAACUCUGGCUGUUGCGUUGUACAGCCAUUGCGAAAAAGUAAGAACAGAAUAUCUAAUAGAGCUGAUGAAAGAAAUAGAUGUCGAUUCAUAUGGUGGCUGUCUGCACAACACAGAUCUCCCUGAACACAUCGAGAAAAGGAAUGAACAAAACUUCUCGAAAGUUUCGAUGUCAUUGAUAAAUCUUUACAAAACUUAUAAAUUUACGUUAGUUUUUUUGAAUAAUGACUGCGAUUAUUUUGUGGACGAAAAACUUUUCUACGCCCUAAGUGCAGGUAGCGUGCCCGUUUUCAUGGGAACGGAUAAAAUUCACGAUUUUCUACCAGGCAAUUUGAAUAAUUCCGUUAUCGAAGUAAGAAAUUUUGCGUCACCUCGGGCCCUCGCUGAAUACAUGAAGUAUCUCGCAAACAACGAAAUGGCUUACAACAAAUUCCUUCAAUGGAAAUAUCAGGGUUUCAAGUUUCCUAAAAAUUAUAAGAAUUCCACUAUUGGCAAACUAUGGAGCGGUGCGCAAUCCGUUUUUUGUAAUGUAUGCCAGAGGAUUGCUUCCGGAGACUGGGGACGAAAUGGUCUUCCCGUAGAGCAUUGCAAAAGGAAAACCGUCAGCUACCAGUGAACUAAAAUAUAAACUAUAACGCAAUCUUUGAAGUUAAAAUUUAAGUCAA